AUGGGUUCAGAACAUUUAAGUCAUUUGUUUGCAGCCAAAGAUCCAGCAUAUAAAGAUAGCCUAUCUGUAUCAAAACUUGUAGAUGAAAAAUCUUCGUCUCACCAUUCACUAUUUCAUACAAGUGGAACGCAUCCAGUAGCAGUGAGUCAUCGUAAGAAGGUUUCGUCUUCAUCAUUAUCAUCAAUAAAAAAAUCCAAAUUAAAAUUAAGUUCAAAAGAUAAAAAAUUACUUAAACUUUAUAGUCGACAAUUAUCUCAUAUUGAAACUACACUUGAUGCAAUUGAAUCAUUAACAAAAUCGAACAAUAGUGAACAUAUUAAAAAUCUUUUGUCAUAUAGAAAACGUGCUAAUCAACUUCAUGGAGAUCUUAAAAACUUACCUCAUUCAUCAUCAGACGUGGAUAAUAAUGAUUUUGAUCAAAUGAAAAUUGAAAUCGAACAAUUAAUAAAUGAUUUAAAAUCAUAUAAAAUGAACAAUGAUGAUCCAGAUUCAAAAAAUUCUAUUGAUUAUUUAGUGAAUUUUCCUUUGGAUGUUUCUGAUUCUGAAAAUGAUGAAGAAAUAAUUUCAACAUAUUUUUAA